AUGGCGUCUUCUCAAGAAAACGACGUCAAAAAACCGGAAACUACAAUAACCCUAAAAGACGACGAAAAACCCGAAACAACUAUAACCCUAAAAAGUUCCGACGGAGAAGUAUUUGAGGUCCCCGAAUCUGCCGCCUUAUUAUCAUACACAAUCAAGAUCAUGGUGGAAGAUUGUCGUGCAGGUGAUGUCAUCUCACUCGAACAAGUCGACGGAAAAACCCUAUCUUGGGUUAUUACGUACCUCAAAAAACACGCAAUUGAUCCUUUCUCUGAAAAAGACAAAGACGAGUUCGACACGGAAUUUUUUUCCGAUAAAGAAUUUACUUCCGUCGUCGACAUUAUUAAUGCAGCCAAUUACCUCAAUAUUAAGGAAUUACUACAUACGUCCACCAGAAAGAUUGCUGACUUAAUGGCGAUCCGAUGGAACCGUGCCAUGGUUGGGAGAAUUUUUUGGUGAAAACCUUUGGCGUGAACUCGACUUUUAAGCCGGAGGAGGAAGCGGAGACUAGGCGGCCGGAGUACCUGUGGGCCCACGAAGAAGAUGUUGAAUCUAACGAGGAUUGAUUUAAUUAGUACUCAGGUUUUUUUUUUUUAU